AGUUGCUUCUGUGAGAGCUGCAUGGGUAUUGUCCAGGAGCCUUGUACAAAUGCAGAGAUAACCGGCAAUUGGUCAGUAGCUAGGUUAGCACCGCUUGCAGAAAACAGACGUAAGCAGACUAUACCUAGAAAUAGACCUCAGCCAGUACCAGAUGAAGGUCAGGAGGAACAACCAGUACCAGAGGAACAAGAGGGACAACCAGUACAUGAUGAAGGUCAGGAGAAACAACCAGUACCAGAGGAACAACCAGUACAUGAUGAAGGUCAGGAGGAACAACCAGUACCAGAGGAACAAGAGGAACAACCAGUCCAUGAUGAAGGUCAGGAGGAACAACCAGUACCAGAGGAACAAGAGGAACAACCAGUCCAUGAUGAAGGUCAGGAGGAACAACCAGUACCAGAGGAACAAGAGGAACAACCAGUACAUGAUGAAGGUCAGGAAGAACAACCAGUACCAGAGGAACAAGAGGAACAACCAGUACAUGAUGAAGGUCAACCAUAUCCAGAUAUAGAUAAAGCCGAUACAGAUCCAUUCUACCUAGAGAAUCUGUUGUUCCCUUCUACAGGACUUUGGGACACUGAUAUGUUUCUACAAGAUGGCGAGUUAAUAAAUACAAGUGACAGUUAUAGCCCAGUAUCAACCGCCACAGUCCAACAUAUUCUGGAGCUCCUUCCAGAGAGUCCACAGAAGAAACCUGAACCAAGAUUUUGGAAGUAUAUGAAGACAGUGAGGAAUUGUGGUUGACAUACACGAAAG